UUCCGACUCGAAUCGUUGACGGUGUUAUUCGUUUAAAGCAAAUAAGUCGAGGAGUAAAGAUUUUUUUUAACCUCUUUCCAUUGCUACACAUUUUAUCGGUUUGUCGGAAAUUUUAUGUCUUGCUUCUUAAGUGUACAGUUCAACAUCAAAAAUUUGUUAGUUUUUUUUAUUUGCGAUAGAAAAAUGAAGUACUUAAUUAUACUGACGUUCACUCUAAGUCUGGCCAUGGCCAACGAAGUAGCACUGCAAGAAUUUACCACUGGCAACAACUUGUUUACCGCAGCAGUCUACAAAGAAGUGCUCAAGGAAAAUGAAGGCAACUUUCUGAUUAGUCCCUUCUCAAUCCAAACUGUCUUGGCCUUAACACAGUCCGGAGCCAAGGAUGAAACUGCCUUAGAAAUCCGCAACAGUUUACAUUUGCCAAACACCACUAAAAGUACUGAAGCUAUAUACUCCAUAAUACUACCAAAGUUUAAGGGGAAUGAACAAUAUGCUCUUCAUACUGCUAAUAAAAUAUACGUCAAGAAUAGUUAUCCCUUGAAAGAAGAAUUCAAAACUAUAGCAGCCAACGUUUAUCAAGCGGCAAUCGAAAGUAUAGAUUUUGCUCAAAAAGAUGAAUCCGCAAACACCAUUAACAGUUGGGUAGAGAAACAAACAGAGAAUAAAAUCCAUGGACUUAUCGACCCGAAAAAUCUAGACGAAGAGACAAGAGUUAUUUUAAUAAACGCCUUAUACUUUAAAGGAAAAUGGACAACACCUUUCGAGACUUUCGCCACAAGCAAAAAAGAUUUUUACAAAACUGCCAAAGAAGUUGUUCAGGUAGACACUAUGCACAAUACUGAUUUGUACAACUAUUACGAAAGUGCCGAAUUGAAUGCUAAAUUUUUGGAAUUGCCGUACCAAGGGAAUGACGUUUCGAUGGUGAUCGUUCUUCCGAAUGAAAAAGAAGGUCUUUCCUCUCUGGAAAAUGAAAUUGAAAAAGUAUUUACAGCGCCUAGAUUUACGCAUGAACGUGUCAGUGUGUCUCUGCCGAAAUUUGCCGUCGAGAAUAAAGUUCAACUGAAAACACUUCUAGAAAACUUGGGGAUAAAAACUGCUUUUUCCGAGAAUGCAGAUUUGAGUGGACUUGCAGGUAAAAAAGGCGAACUCGUCAUUAGUGAUGUUAUCCAAAAGGCCUUUAUUAAUGUGACUGAAACUGGUACUGAAGCAGCUGCAGCAACUGCAGUUCAAGCUGUUCGACUUUCGAUCGCACAUCCCAUUAACGCUGACUACAAAAUCUUCGUAGCUGAUCACCCUUUCAUUUAUUACAUCGCCUUUAAAAAUGUUGUUUUGUUUGAAGGAAGAUUCUCAGAUCCAAAUUUAAAAUAAAUUAAGUACCUAUGUACGCAGUUGCAAGACUAUUUUGACUAGUUGUAAGUUUUUUAAUGUGUUCAUGGGAUUAAUAUGUAUUCAGUGAAACAUGUAUGUUAUCAGGUGUUUGUAUGUUUAAUAAGUUAGUUUAUGUCCAAAUUUAAAUUCCUGUGAUUGUGUUGCCAGCUUGCCUGAUUAAUCACACGUUUCUUUAGAUAAAAUUAUUAUUUUUUAUUUCAAGAACAAAUUUGUAACUUGCUGAAAAAUAUAACGUAAAUCGUGGUGCACGCAAGAAUUUGGUGUUUUUUUACGUUCGACAUUGUUUUCCGUUUAAAAGUUUUGUGUGGAUUUCAAAUGUCUAAUUUAAG